AUGGCGGAGGCGGCGCCGUCGGAGGAGAUGACGCUGGUGGUGAAGUGGCGUGGGCAGGAGCAGACGGUGCGGAUGGUGGGGGACGCUACGCUGGGUGAGCUCAAACUGCGCAUCUACAAGGUCAUCGGGGUGCUCCCCAAGGCGCGUGGUUGGCGUGGAAUUGGAGGGUUGGUCUGUGAAUAUCUGCCGGGCCGCUGGGUACCGGUUGCCGAAUGGAUCGGAGUUCGGAGAGGUACACCUGGUGGGGAUCGUGGGGGAAGUGCUCUUAUUUUGAGACGGGAGUGUACUAUUGAAGAAGAAAUAUUUGUUGGCCAAGAAGAUGAUCCAGAGUUACUUGAUGAUUUUGACUUUGAGCAAAAUGAAGCUACAGCCAUUAAGGAUAAAGAUGUCUACAAGCAAAAAUUAAAGCGGCGUGCAAGUCAAUAUAAGAUCAAGCUCUUGAAUCCAUGCCGCAAAGGAAAGAAGCUGCUUGUCCUUGACAUUGAUUAUACUCUGUUUGACCAUAAGUCAACAGCUGAGAAUCCUAUGGAACUCAUGCGCCCAUAUCUUCACCAGUUCCUCACAGCUGCAUAUUCAAAAUAUGACAUCAUGAUAUGGUCAGCAACUAGUAUGAAAUGGGUGGAGUUGAAAAUGGAACAACUUGGAGUUCUUAGCAACCCUGACUACAAAAUUACUGCUCUUAUGGAUCACUUGGCUAUGAUAACUGUGCAAUCCGAAAAUCAAAGUAGAAAGAAAACUUUUGACUGCAAGCCUCUUGGUGUCAUUUGGGCUCAAUUCCCUGAGUACUACAACGAAAAGAACACCAUCAUGUUUGAUGAUCUAAGAAGGAAUUUCGUCAUGAAUCCACAGAACGGUCUCGUGAUCAAGCCAUUUAGGAAAGCGCACUGGAACAGGCAUGAUGAUCACGAGCUGGUGAAGCUUACACACUACCUGCUUUCGAUCGGAGACCUAGAAGAUCUCAGCAAGCUGGACCACGGUAAAUGGGAGUCCUUUGUAGAUGAGAGCGCAAAGAGACGCAAGCACUCUUAG